AUGGAAGACGUCCCCAUCACCGCAAAAUGGGCAAAUCGAAUCCUGCGCCCCUUGACCUCUAUCUGCCGUCGACUCGAAAACCACCACGCAAGACUAUCUGCCCUCGCAACCGAGUCGAAACAACGAGAAGCAGCGGAGGGAAGACAAACAAAUUCGUCUGCGGCUACGAAUCCAGCACAAGAUGUGGAUGAUUGUUUAGGGUCGGAUGCAGAGCCGGAGCGCAAUGAUCCGGUUUGGGUACCAGGACGCAUGCACCAGCGACGCGCUCGGCUGAAGUACUCGUCCCGGUCUGAGAACAAUGGACCGGCUAAGCGCAAGAGAUUGUCGAUACACAGCCCUGAUGCCCCGCGUACUCUGCCUGGCGCUAUUGAAGUUGCGACACCGCUGAUCACUGGGGAGCGAUGGGAGAUGCCUCCAAGCACACAGUCCAGUCGAUCAAUCGAACCGGCGAGCGACAUGAUUGACCCGCAAUCACCUACAAUGCUCCGCGGCAAGUGUUCGCGGUACAGCAGCCCAUGGCGGGACCUUCUGGAGAAGUCCGGUGACGAAGGCCUUGUCCAGAUAGCUCACAAUCUUGACCGUGUUUUCAAAAAUUUCCUCUUAAGCACCCAGAAAAUCAAAGUCAAAGUGACUCCUGGACCCCAUGAAAGGAAGGCAAGACGGGGUGCUCGAUCUCUCAUGUCAAUGGCGAUGCGACAAUUGCCUGCCUUUAUCGCCAAGGAGCAGGAAGCACAGGACGAACUGGACGAAGACGGCGACGAGGAUAUGUGUGAUGCAUACUUCACUGAGUUGGAAGCAUACUAUGCGCCCCAUGGGGCAGGGUGGGAGCCACUUCGCGAGGCCGUCCGCGCCCAAGGCAUUGACAUGGUUGCUCGCAUGAUUAAACAAAAUUGGAUCACAGAAUCAAUUGCCUGCGCCCUGAUUGAAGGAUGUCGCACCAUUGCACCGGAGGAAAGCGAUUCAUUGCUCUCUAUCAUCCUUUCCACUCGCGAAAGUUAUCCAUAUCCUCAGGCUUUGAAGCCCGUGGCUGAUUCUAACAUACUAGGCGAUCCCAUCUUGUUUUUCUGGAAAUAUGCUAGUCAUGGUUUUGGCACUCGGUCAUUUAUCUUUGAUGAACUUGCGAAGCUUCUUUUAAGGGGUGUUCUUCCUCCAGAAUGGAUGGGAACCAGAUCUUGGACAAGCUGGAUGACCCGAGCAACUAUCUCCUUUUCCAAAGAAAAUUCUGAUUGUCCCGCCGCAUCAAGAUUGAUUGAGGCUGUGAUACUCUCAGCAAGUAGCAUGCGCUUGGAUGCUUCUGAGGUCUCCCCUCGAGUCCCAAAACAAAACUCACAGCGCAAGCCAGUGGUUUACCAGGUUCGCCCGACUCGGGCCAAACCCACUGCAGCAAUUGAGAAUACAAGUGUUGUGCGACUUUGUCCUGCGCCGGUGGAAGAUGCGCUCAGCAAUCAGGUCAUAAGUCUUAUAGCAGCCUUGUGUGGCAUACAUAUUUCGCGGUCUCGUGCUUCUACUGAGACUGAACCAUUGGAAGAAACCAAGGCGAGUCGCAUAAUUGGCUAUCUUCAUUUUGUUCUGCAGCAAGUUGUGAGCCCGAAAAUCCCGGGCCGCCCAGAUGAAAUCACUUCUCAUCAAUUAUUACGGCGCGGCUGCAUCUUGUUGGCUGCCAGCCUCGUGCAGUGUAAUAAUACCAUCAUACUGGAAGAGGACGAGUCUACAUUUACAUCAACAACCAACAUGGAUGAAUGCGCUCGCUCCAUGGCUUCUCGCCCUGAUUUGAUCAGAGAGUUGGCAUUAUUGGUACAAGAGGCGUUCCGCUGCUUGCGGGCAAGAUCGGAGGAUGCACGAAGACGUACCAGCGAAGAUGUUCGCCGCAUGGUCUCCAAGCUCGCCUCGAUAGCAGAGACACCAGACAUGUCUGUCUUCCUUGGAAAGGUCGCCGCAGAGGCUGCCAUGACCUUCGCUGAGGCUACCGCAGAUCCAGACGAUCACCUGUGGGCAGUCGAGGUGCAAGAGAUGGUUGUCACUAAACCAACACCCGAAGACAGUGACCGGGAGUCUUCAGAGGAACCUGAAAGUUCAAGCCAACCAAAUGGCUUAUUCCGCUGGGAAGAAAGCAUAGGAGAGUGGGUGGAAACUACACCGGCCGCGAAGAGAACUCUCCAUCUAGCGCCAAGAGGCCGAGCACCCAUGCGUAUGCUCUCAAGUCCGGCUUCUUCUAUACCCUGCUCCACAGACUGCAGCUCUCCUGAACCAGACUCCUCUCAAGAGUCUGACUCCAAGGCCCCCUCUAGCGCAAGCUCGUCUCCCACCCAGGAGCCCAAGAAGCGGGCCUAUAAUGACAUUGACGUCUCGCACAUACAACCCAACAAACGACGAAGACCCACUCCAGUGGUUGUGUGUGAGAAAAGGGAAUUGCGCUCAAAAGCAGCCAGCCCUGCUGCUACUAUGAAUCGAACGGUGGAAUCGGCCACCCGCCGAGGGAUUUUGCGCGAGCGGAGCACUAACUUGGCAAGACAAAUAGUCCCCACCACGAGGCUGGUGCCCAAGGUGGUGAUCAUCAAUUCCCAGGAACCUCGCCCAAGCCGGCGUUCUGUCCAGCCCAGCCCAGAGCGCGGCGAAAAGCAUAUCCACCGAACACUCGAGAGGAGAAGACCUACUCACCAUUCCGUCGUGGCCUCCAGCAAUGCCAGGCGGCAGUCUUCCGAACAAACAGUUAUUCCCUGCUCCCAAGACAGUGACAGUGACGAUGAGCUUAGCUUCCUCUGA